AUGUAUAUAUAUCCGCGCACUUCCACCACCCCCACCCCCUCCUCCUCCUUUUCCGGCGAUCCACUCGAGAUGAAGUUCUGGAAGAUUCUGAGAAAGCUGCUGGACGAGAUUUUUCCGGAUUGGCAGGAUAAGUUUAUAUCGUACAAGGAUUUGAAGCAGCAGCUCGGCUCGAUCUCUCCUCCGCAAAAACCCAAGGAAGAUGCGGAGCAUUCUAUUAAGAGGCCGAGGCUGGGAGACGAUCGGGUUGAUGAAGAGGGGAGAGAGGUGACGAAGGAGAUGAAGGAUUUUCUGAUGCUUUUGGAAGGGGAGAUCAAAAAGUUUAAUUGCUUCUUCAUGGAUAAAGAGGAGGAGUACAUUAUUACGUUCAAGUUGCUGCAAGAUGAGGUUGCUGAGGCUAAGGAUUCAAAAGAAGAGCUUAUGAAAGUCGGCCGAAAACUUGUAGAUUUCCACGGAGAGAUGAUUUUGUUGGAAAACUACAGUGCUCUUAACUACACAGGCCUGCUGAAGAUUUUGAAGAAGUAUGAUAAGAAGAGUGGUGAUCUGAUUCGAUUGCCUUUCAUACAAAAGGUUCUACAUGAGCCAUUCUUUAGGACUGACGUGAUAAAUAAGCUAGUGAAGGAGUGUGAGACAAUGAUCAUUCGCAUCUUUCAGCGGCACGAGAAAUUGGCCCCUGCAGAAGAUACCGAUCUGCCAGAAGGCUGCAGUGACCAGUCAGCGGUUGAUGAAGAGGCCGGAAAACUCAGAGUUCCUGAAGAACUUGCAGAAAUCAAGUCUAUGGAGAACAUGUACUUGAAGCUCACUAUAUCAGCUUUGCGGACCAUGAAGGAAAUCAGAGGUGGAAGUUCCACCGUGAGCAUGUUCUCAUUGCCACCUAUGCCGGAGACGGAGCUUGAAGAGUCUGGGAAGUGAAAUUCAGCUUUAAAGCAAGAACAGACAAUUACCUAAUGUUGUGAAUCACCAUAAAAUUUUGAUUAGCUAGUGUCUGUACACGGAUGAUGUAAUAUAGAGUUGUAACUGCUUCAGCCAUGCUUCUUUCUUGACAAUUUGUAAACUGAACUUCUGUUGAGAUGAUUUGGAGCAGGUUUUGGUCCAUACUAAUACUCCAUGUUGAGUGACCUGUUUCCAUUGUUAGCUGUAUGUAUGUAGAAAUAUAAAUAUAAUAAAUUAAAAAACUAGCAGUUUUAGCUGCACUAAAA